GAGGAGGAGGAGGAGGAGGAGGAGGAGGAGGAGGAGGAGGGUGGCAGCUCCGCCCCGGCGGCGGGGGGUCGGGCUCGUCUCCGCCGCGCCGGUGGGGACGGUGGCAGCCGGCGGCGGGGGCUGCCUCGGCCGCCCGCGGGGCCCCAGUGCUGCCCCGCCGCGCCCGCUCGGCCGCGCACUGUUGUCAUGGAGGAGCCAAGAUGGCGGCCCUGGCCUACACCCUGGGCAAGCGGGAGAUCAACUACUACUUCAGCGUGAGGAGCGCCAAGGCGCUGGCGCUGGGCGCCGUCCUGCUCCUCGCCGCCUGCCACGCCGCCUCCCGCCGGUACCGAGGUGAUGAUUCAUGUGAGCAUCUUCUGUCCAGUGGAAGAUUUCUUGGAGAAAAAGUAUGGCAGCCCCACAGUUGUAUGAUGCACAAGUAUAAAAAUAGUGAAGCAAGAAAUUGCCUCAUAGACAAACAUAUCGUGUUUUUAGGAGAUUCUAGAAUUCGACAGCUAUUCUAUUCAUUUAUAAAAAUCAUAAAUCCACAGGUCAAAGAAGAAGGAAAUAAGCAUGGAAAUAUUCCUUUUGAAGAUAAAUCUGCUUCAAUUAAAGUGGAUUUCUUGUGGUAUCCAGAAGUUAAUGGCUCUAUGAGGCAGCGUAUCAAAUCUUGGACCGAGGGUUCUGUGGCAAAACCUCAUAUAAUUGUAGCAGGAGCUGCCACGUGGUCUAUCAAGAUUCACAAUGGCAGCAAUGAAGCCCUCACACAAUAUAAAAUCAAUAUCACUUCAAUUGCACCUCUUUUGGAAAAAUUAGCAAAAAGUAGUGAUGUUUACUGGGUCUUACAAGAUCCUGUUUAUGAAGAUAUGCUGAGUGAGAGUCGGAAAAUGAUCACUAAUGAGAAAAUAGAUGCUUAUAAUGAAGCAGCUGUUCGUAUUCUCAACAGCAGCUCCCGAAAUUCCAAAGCUAAAGUUAAAGUGUUCAGUGUAUCAAAAUUGAUAGCACAAGAAACUAUUAUGAAGUCUUCAGAUGGCCUGCAUCUCCCUGAGUCAAGCAGGGAUACAAAUGCGAUGAUUCUUAUGAAUGUCUACUGCAAUAAGAUAAUGAAGCCCAUUGAUGGCUCCUGCUGCCAGCCUCAGCCUCCUCUCACUCUGAUACAGAAAUUAGCUUUCUGUUUCUUUACUUUGUCCAUUAUUGGAUAUUUAAUUAUCAGUUUAAUUCACCGGAAUAAUUAUCGGAAGAACAAAUCAUGCACUGAUCUGGAAAUCGGAGAGGAGAAGAAACCUGCCAUCAAUACUCCUAAUGUUUCUACUUUAGAGAUGCUCUUACACUCCUUCUGCAAACUCGGUCUAAUCAUGACCUAUUUUUAUCUAUGUGACAGAGCAAAUUUUUUCAUGAAGGAAAAUAAAUUUUAUACACACUCAUCUUUCUUCAUACCAAUCGUCUACAUCUUGGUUUUGGGGGUAUUUUAUACUGAAAAUACCAAAGAGACUAAAGUGUUAAAUAGAGAACAGACUGAUGAAUGGAAGGGCUGGAUGCAACUUGUUAUUUUGAUUUAUCAUAUCUCUGGAGCAAGCACUUUUUUGCCUGUGUACAUGCACAUUCGAGUUCUGGUUGCUGCAUAUCUGUUCCAGACAGGUUAUGGGCACUUCUCAUAUUUUUGGGUAAAAGGCGACUUCGGUGUAUACAGAGUGUGUCAGGUUUUAUUUCGUCUCAAUUUCUUGGUCGUGGUACUGUGCAUAGUGAUGGACCGACCUUACCAGUUCUACUACUUUGUGCCGUUAGUCACUGUCUGGUUUAUGAUCAUUUAUGCCACCUUAGCCAUAUGGCCUCAGAUAGUCCAGAAGAAAGCAAACGGGAACUGCUUAUGGCACUUCGGAUUACUGCUUAAACUGAUUAGCUUACUGGCCUGUAUAUAUUUUCUGUCAUAUUCUCAGGGUGCAUUUGAGAAGAUGUUUUCUUUUUGGCCACUAUCCAAGUGUUUUGAACUGAAUGGGAAUGUCUACGAAUGGUGGUUUAGGUGGAAGUUAGAUCGCUAUGUGGUUUUUCAUGGGAUGCUGUUCGCUUUUAUUUAUCUGGCAUUGCAGAAACGUCAGAUGAUUUCAGAAGGAAAGGGAGAUGCACUUUUCUCCAACAGAGUUUCAAAUGUUUUAUUAUUUAUUUCAAUUGUAUCCUUUAUGACCUACUCCAUUUGGGCAAGUAGCUGUAAAAACAAAACGGAGUGCAAUGAACUGCAUCCUUCUGUUUCUGUGGUGCAGAUUUUAGCUUUCAUCCUCAUCAGGAACAUUCCUGGAUAUGUCCGAUCUGUAUACAGCUCAUUCUUCGCCUGGUUUGGCAAAAUUUCUCUCGAGCUUUUCAUUUGCCAAUACCAUAUUUGGCUGGCAGCAGACACAAAGGGGAUCUUGGUGCUCAUUCCUGGAUAUCCGAUGUUUAAUGUUUUAGUCAGCACUUUUAUAUUUGUGUGUGUGGCACAUGAAAUUUCUCAGAUCACUAACGAUCUAGCACAGAUCGUGGUUCCUAAAGAUAACUCCACUCUGCUGAAAAGGUUGCUAUGCAUAGCUGGAUUUUUUUCUGGACUCCUCCUCUUCUCAGCAAUGCAAGAUCAGUCAAGGCAUUAACUUGAAAAGGUUCUUGAAAACUUCUCUUCAGAUUUACUUUGCAUCUGCCUGAACAGAACUUCUCAGCUGGAAAUACAGGAAGACAUCGACAUGAAGUGUGGAAAUGUAAAUAGUGGAAAUGUAGAUAUUUUGUGUGAAAACAGCAUUCUCAAAGAAUCUGAGAAACAAGAAUGCACUGUACAGAACGGCAUGUGAAAACAAGUCUUUUUCUACUGGAUAUAUGUUUGUUUACAUAUCUGUUUAAACGUGACAAAAGACGUGAAGUGAAAUGGUACAGCAGCAUCACACGCCUGUCAUGGCAUUAUCCACACCCUGGGUCAACCGAAUGAAGAGCGGCUACUGCUAGAGGGCUGCAUGUACGUAACGCACGCUCAAGGCAUUCUCAUCAAGGAAGAAGAAGAGAGCAAACCUGCAACCUGUAGUUAAUGGGCACCAUUAGCUGAUGUGAAGCAUGAGGUUACUUCUCUGGUAAACCAGGGCAUUUUCCUAAACAAAGCAGUAACUUCUUCAGGAGGGACUGUUUUAGGUGGAGAUAGCAUACGUUACGUGAAACCCUUUAUACAUGGAAAUAAAAAGUCAUCACCAAUUAAGAUUAUGUACAAGUUUACAUAACGUGUUUUUUAAGACAUUUCCAGGAAAUAUGGUGAAUUAUGAGGUUGAAACUCUUGUUAAAUAUAUAUAUAUAUUUUUCCCCCUGAAGUUCUUCGCCUGUGUGCGGUUCUUUCUGUGCAGUCCCAGUGGACAACCAGAUGAUUAAUUUUCUCAGCUCAAUAUUGGAAGAUUCUGGAGAAAUUCCAUCCUUUUCCAGUCAGACAAAAUCCAUCAUAUCCACUUCAUCAGAUCUUAAGGAAAUGAGAGAACAGUGAUCUUUUGAAUUUUCUUUGAACCUUUCUAGGUCAUCAGUGACCUUGAACUAGGUCUGAUUAGGAAACUGGUGCCAUAUUCUCUCUUGUGAUAACGUUUUCAUUUAAAAGGAUGGGAGUCAGUCUGUUGGUACCAUGAGGAAGAGGGAUUGAGUGGACAUCUUGUUGUGUGCAGAUGGUUCGGUGUCAAAAUUACAAAUCGAAUGAGAUUGAAGCUGUUGAAGGAACAUUUUUCCUCAUCCUUUUUAGUAGUGCUGUUCUUCAUUACCACAAUUUGAACUCUGAACCCAGUCUUUGGCAUGAAAAUGAAGAUCUGUGGAAGUGACAAGCUGGAAUUUAAGUUCCACUUGGUGAAGUUACAGUAAUUUCCCCCUAAUCGUGGCUUUUGUUCAAGAAAUAGUUUGACCUCGUUUCUUUUACAUUAUGUUCUUCUGGUUACUUUUUAGCAGUCAAAAACAUGACUACAGUAUUGUUAUCCCAGUGUAUGUGCAAUUAUGUAUGAUCAUAAACAGAAUCCUAAGUGAUACUGUUAUGUUUUUGAUGUUGUCCCAGUUGAAUCAUGGAAAAAGAGAUGACAGGUGUUUUUUUUUUUUUUUUUAAAAAAAAAAAAAAAAGUGAAAUAAUGGCUUCAAAUUUGAUUUUGAUAAAGAGAAUCAUUUCUUUUUAUAAAUGAUUAUUCAUCAUAAAAUAAAAAAAAAAACCACUUCCCCCAAAUUCAGCAGUUUUACUAAGUCUGCCAGAUGUUUUGAAGCUGUUGGAAAGAUACUGAGCUGUUUGGUACAUUAUUUCCAAUGUUUGGAAAGUUAUCCUCCUUGAUAAGUAUAUUACUGGAUACUGAAAGAAAUGAUAUAGGUCAGCACUGGUACAUAGGAUCCGUAACCAUCUGUGCCAGUAUUAGGGUAAUGGCGAAAUGUGAGUUUGAGGGGAUAAUUUUUGUUUUGUUCUUCACAAGUUAAGUAUUGUAGAUAUAAUUUUAUUUAUCUGUUGUACAGAUUUGGUUAAAAGAUUUAUUUUUAAUGUUUGAAAUAAUGCACUUGUUUACUGUAUGUGGGAUAAAUAUAUUUUCAGGUUAUGUAAAAAUAUGAAGUAAUUUAAACAUUAAAUAAAUGUGCUGUGGAUGCUUAUUUUUGUAAUGGGAGCAGCAUCAAUGAAGUAAAAACUUCUUUUUGCCUGACUA